AUGCUCUACGCGGCAUCUACCACAGCGGCGCGGCGGCCACGGCUUGCCGAGCCACGCCCGAUGCCCACUGCCGCAUCGCCGCCGGGUCGCACACCCGUCGGCUCGCUAGGUGAGUCAGCACCGCGCGCGGCGGGCGGUCCCUCCGAGCCGCACCACAGGCCCCACCGCAGUCGACCUCGGCGAUCGGUGUCGCCCGUCUUGUCUCGACAGGACGUUCUGAAGGCAGUGAACAACCGCCUGGAGCACACCGCCCAGUUUAUCUCUCCUGGCUCCGUUGUUGUGUACGAGUUCCUUAGCGAUGCACAGGAGUGGCACUGGGCGUUGGGGACGGUGCAGCAGGUCCACACGCACACUGUCACACUAGCGGAGUGGAGCUGCCAGCAAGGCGGCGCGAACGAUGGAGUGAUGCAAGCACUGAAAAAUGAGAGGAGUCGGGUCCAGCAAGAGCUAGAAGAUCACCAGGCAACUAUCCUCGCCCUCCGGGCAGAGCUUGGCGCUGUGCGCACGCGCAACGAGGCUGACAUGAACGCCACCCGAGAGGCCAUCGAGGCGCGUCGCCGCGAGUUGGAGGCAAGAGAAAGUGCGUUUCGUGUAUGUCGUCAACGCGGCGUGCCUCUUCAACGCACCCACAAAGACGGGUACGGCACCGCUGACGAGAGCGACAACGCCGACGGUGUUUUUGCGGCGGUACUGCGAGCGGCCCUGAGCAUUGUGGAGGACUACGUCCCCGCUACGCCACUUCCAUGGCCCGAAGUGUGGGCCACCGUCAGUGACCCGCACUUCCUGCAUCGCUGUAUCGACUAUGACGUCGGCUACGACAUGAGUUUCCAGCAGUAUGACGAUAUUGAAGCGCGCUUCUUUGGCUCCGGUGCCAUCACAGAGGCGAAGGUGCACAGAGCCAUGGCCUCGAUGGAACAACGGAUGCCCGACGCCGCCGAACUCCUCUGUACUAUUGCGAACUGGGUCUUUACGCAGAUCGCCGCCUUCCGUGUGUAUCAGCAGUGCGCCAGCACGCAGUCCCACGCUGACGUACUCCAGCAGCGACUCACGCAUCAUGUGAACGCGCUUAAGGCGGCCGCUAGAAAACUGCGUCAAGUGCAAGCGCAGCUGCGCGUGUUCAGUGGCGCCCCGGGCACCUCACGCAGCGCCACAAGCUCUGAUGUGCAGUUCACGUUCGUUCCUGCACAAGGAAUUUCCACAGAGGUGCUUCGCUGCGCUAUUAUUUGCCCAGCUCCAUCGAACUCGCGGCGGCACCCAGGAACGCGAGUAACAGCAGCACAGACGACAGCGGCGUCUGGCGAAUUGAAGUCACCAUCCUCGACAGGCAAAGGUGCUGGGACGAUGACCGUGACGACGUCGUCGUCAGGGCAUCCGUCGUUGAAUCUCGACGCCUUAGGCAAUCGUCAUCUCGUCGGCAGCGCGGCUGCCCCUUCUGACUCCACAAGGUCACCACACCAUCAUGGGGAACAGGUGCAGCCGACACCUUGCCCUCCAUCUGCUUCUGCCAUUCCUGUCCCAAACGCGGCAACGGAGGUUGUCUUGCUGGGCCACGAGGAGCUCGAGGAGAUAGCUGCACGUGCGGUGCACGCUCGACCCGAGCUGUAUCAAGCCGUGGAUGAUCUCCUGCAAGAAUGUGGUCACCAUCAGCGGGAUGCACACCACGCACGUGCGCUGGUCUCCGAACGUGCUGAUCGACGCCGAGGACGACGCGAGACGGCAAAGUUGCACGCUGAAAGCUUCGCAACGGCUGCAGCUUGGGGCGCGGCCCCCGGGCCCACUACCGUCUCCAGCGGCCCCUCUACCUCGGUGACGCUGCCGACCUCUCAUAGCAGCCCUGUUGCAGCCGCACAAAACGUGCCAACUAUGUUGUCUCUCCCCGGAUCAAAGGACGCAGCGAGCCAGAGCGACGAUGAGGAUGGGGUGUACGAAGAAGAGGCCGACGCACGCGCGUUUCAAGCAGCUCUGCUGGGGCUCCAACGACAGCUACAGGAGGCACGGCGCGAGAAUGAGCAACUACAGCGGAUGCUGCUGCGCGAGACGGAUCGACACGGGGCCGUAGAGGCUGAGCUGCAGCGGCAACUGCGGGACGCUCGCGCCGAUCAUGAAGACGCGAAAAACAGAGAGGCUGACGCGACAAUACGCGCAGAGGCGUUGCAGGCCGAGUGCGAAGACCUCGAUCGCAACAUGGGUCACGCAACAAGCCGCAUCAGUGCCUUGGAGAACGAGUUAGGUGCUCUUCUGUCGAAGCUUUGUAGCGGUGGCUCCGCUGCCCCAGCUUCACCAGCCGAGACCUCCACUAAGGCCGAUGAACGCGCCACUGAUGUGAGCAGCCGCGUUGCCGAACUAGAAGCUGAGUUGGCAUGGCUACGCAGCAGCAGAGAGCGAUGGAUGCCAGAUCGCUCGAAGUGCUCUGAUCCCGCUGACGGCGUCGUGACCACUCACCACCACAAGCGCCUCAAUGGUAGCGGCUGGUGUGACGUACUGCAGCGACAUCCUGCCGAGCUUCGCCGUGCUGCAGCCACCGACGCGGCAGCGGUCUGCCACGUAGUGGCCGCUGCUGUUACCGGGGUGCACUUCUCAGAUGACGGUAGUCGUGUCGAGUUCUACGUGGAACAUCCUCGCCAGGUGACCAAGCGUCAGCUAGAUGCUCGCAUCCACGACACGCCAUUCUACGAGUGCGAGUACAUGCUCCACCACUGCUCCAGCCCAAAAACCGGAGAGGACAUCUUAGCGCAGCAGCUGGCGCAGAGAAACGCCACCAUCGCGGACCUAGAAAUCCAACUUGCCAACGUGUCAUCGAUGCCUGCUCCACUUCAACCUUCACCUGCGGACCGCACUCAGCAGGAGGACCUCCUCCAUCUGAGGGAGCAGCUGCGCAGAGCUUCUGAGGAGAUCGAGGAGCUGAACUUUUACGAUGAGCGCCGGAAGAAGAGUGGCAAUGGUGAGGCUGUCGUGACAACGCACGCCGUGAAGUUACCAGGUGAGGACUGGAGCGUCGUUGUGCAGGAGCACCCUGAGGCGCUCCGGGAGGCCUUCGUUGCAGAUGUGAGCCAUGCAGGUCACGUGAACCGCGGCGAUGUGGAGCACAUCGCGUUUGGGAUGGGGAGCCUUUUGGCUACGGUGAGAGUACAACACGACGCUGAUGUCACCAUGAUGGAGAUGGACCGCCGUUUGCAAGAGUACGACUACCCCUUGACGAUGGAGCUGUACCGGCUGCGCCACGGACCAAAGCGCGGAGCUGACGCGGCGCUUGCGACCGUCGCCAAGCGAGACACGGAGAUCGCUGACCUGAGGGAGCAGCUGCGCGGAGCGAUGCGAGAAGCUGCAGCCAGCAGCGAGAUUUGUACCGCUCUGGAGAAGCAAGUAGAGGAAGCUGCACUGGAGAUCCGGGAACUCAGAGAGCAGCUUGCCAUCACGCAGCUUCGGCGAGAGGCACUGGAUGCCGAGUGCGCUGAGCUCGAGCAGGAUCUCCUCGACGUAGAGAGUUCUCGUGAGGCGAAUGUAUGGAAGCGCCGGGAGGCGUUGGAAGACCGUGGUAUUAGUCACUCAGCCAAGGACGCCGAGAUGGCUGACCUGAGGGAGCAGCUGCGUGAGGCCGAGGAGCGCGCGAGGGACGUGGAGGCGCAGCAGUCCGACAGGGACGCCGAGAUGGCUGACCUGAGGGAGCAGCUGCGUGAGGCCGAGGAGCGCGCGAGGGACGUGGAGGCGCAGCAGUCCGACAGGGACGCCGAGAUUGAGCGUGUGAAGGAGCUUCUCAGCGGAGCGAUGCGAGAAGCUGCAGCCAGCAGCGAGAUUUGUACCGCUCUGGAGAAGCAAGUAGAGGAAGCUGCACUGGAGAUCCGGGAACUCAGAGAGCAGCUCGCCGUCACCCAGGUUCGGCGAGAGGCACUGGAUGCCGAGUGCGGUGAGCUCGAGCAACAGCUCCGUGAUGUUCAGAGUAGUGUUCUGGAGCGGCGGGAGGCGGUGGAAGACCGUGGUAUUAGUCACUCAGCCAAGGAUGCCGAGGUGGCUGACCUGAGGGAGCAGCUGCGCAGAGCUUCUGAGGAGGAGGAAGCUGCACUGGAGAUCCGGGAACUCAGAGAGCAGCUCGCCAUCACGCAGCUUCGGCGAGAGGCACUGGAUGCCGAGUGCGCUGAGCUCGAGCAGGAUCUCCUCGACGUAGAGAGUUCUCGUGAGGCGAAUGUAUGGAAGCGCCGGGAGGCGUUGGAAGACCGUGGUAUUAGUCACUCAGCCAAGGACGCCGAGAUGGCUGACCUGAGGGAGCAGCUGCGUGAGGCCGAGGAGCGCGCGAGGGACGUGGAGGCGCAGCAGUCCGACAGGGACGCCGAGAUGGCUGACCUGAGGGAGCAGCUGCGUGAGGGCGAGGAGCGUGCGAGGGAUGUGGAGGCGCAGCAGUCCGACAGGGACGCCGAGAUGGCUGACCUGAGGGAGCAGCUGCGUGAGGCCGAGGAGCGCGCGAGGGACGUGGAGGCGCAGCAGUCCGACAGGGACGCCGAGAUGGCUGACCUGAGGGAGCAGCUGCGUGAGGCCGAGGAGCGCGCGAGGGACGUGGAGGCGCAGCAGUCCGACAGGGACGCCGAGGUGGCUGACCUGAGGGAGCAGCUGCGUGAGGCCGAGGAGCGCGCGAGGGACGUGGAGGCGCAGCAGUCCGACAGGGACGCCGAGGUGGCUGACCUGAGGGAGCAGCUGCGUGAGGCCGAGGAGCGCGCGAGGGACGUGGAGGCGCAGCAGUCCGACAGGGACGCCGAGGUGGCUGACCUGAGGGAGCAGCUGCGUGAGGCCGAGGAGCGCGCGAGGGACGUGGAGGCGCAGCAGUCCGACAGGGACGCCGAGAUGGCUGACCUGAGGGAGCAGCUGCGUGAGGGCGAGGAGCGUGCGAGGGACGUGGAGGCGCAGCAGUCCGACAGGGACGCCGAGAUGGCUGACCUGAGGGAGCAGCUGCGUGAGGCCGAGGAGCGCGCGAGGGACGUGGAGGCGCAGCAGUCCGACAGGGACGCCGAGAUGGCUGACCUGAGGGAGCAGCUGCGUGAGGCCGAGGAGCGCGCGAGGGACGUGGAGGCGCAGCAGUCCGACAGGGACGCCGAGGUGGCUGACCUGAGGGAGCAGCUGCGUGAGGCCGAGGAGCGCGCGAGGGACGUGGAGGCGCAGCAGUCCGACAGGGACGCCGAGAUGGCUGACCUGAGGGAGCAGCUGCGUGAGGGCGAGGAGCGUGCGAGGGAUGUGGAGGCGCAGCAGUCCGACAGGGACGCCGAGAUGGCUGACCUGAGGGAGCAGCUGCGUGAGGCCGAGGAGCGCGCGAGGGACGUGGAGGCGCAGCAGUCCGACAGGGACGCCGAGAUGGCUGACCUGAGGGAGCAGCUGCGUGAGGCCGAGGAGCGCGCGAGGGACGUGGAGGCCCAGCAGUCCGACAGGGACGCCGAGAUGGCUGACCUGAGGGAGCAGCUGCGUGAGGCCGAGGAGCGCGCGAGGGACGUGGAGGCGCAGCAGUCCGACAGGGACGCCGAGAUGGCUGACCUGAGGGAGCAGCUGCGUGAGGCCGAGGAGCGCGCGAGGGACGUGGAGGCCCAGCAGUCCGACAGGGACGCCGAGAUGGCUGACCUGAGGGAGCAGCUGCGUGAGGCCGAGGAGCGCGCGAGGGACGUGGAGGCGCAGCAGUCCGACAGGGACGCCGAGAUGGCUGACCUGAGGGAGCAGCUGCGUGAGGCCGAGGAGCGCGCGAGGGACGUGGAGGCGCAGCAGUCCGACAGGGACGCCGAGAUGGCUGACCUGAGGGAGCAGCUGCGUGAGGGCGAGGAGCGCGCGAGGGACGUGGAGGCCCAGCAGUCCGACAGGGACGCCGAGAUGGCUGACCUGAGGGAGCAGCUGCGUGAGGCCGAGGAGCGCGCGAGGGACGUGGAGGCGCAGCAGUCCGACAGGGACGCCGAGAUGGCUGACCUGAGGGAGCAGCUGCGUGAGGCCGAGGAGCGCGCGAGGGACGUGGAGGCCCAGCAGUCCGACAGGGACGCCGAGAUGGCUGACCUGAGGGAGCAGCUGCGUGAGGCCGAGGAGCGCGCGAGGGACGUGGAGGCGCAGCAGUCCGACAGGGACGCCGAGAUUGAGCGUGUGAAGGAGCUUCUCAGCGGAGCGAUGCGAGAAGCUGCAGCCAGCAGCGAGAUUUGUACCGCUCUGGAGAAGCAAGUAGAGGAAGCUGCACUGGAGAUCCGGGAACUCAGAGAGCAGCUCGCCGUCACCCAGGUUCGGCGAGAGGCACUGGAUGCCGAGUGCGGUGAGCUCGAGCAACAGCUCCGUGAUGUUCAGAGUAGUGUUCUGGAGCGGCGGGAGGCGGUGGAAGACCGUGGUAUUAGUCACUCAGCCAAGGAUGCCGAGGUGGCUGACCUGAGGGAGCAGCUGCGCAGAGCUUCUGAGGAGAUCGAGGAGCUGAACUUUUACGAUGAGCGCCGGAAGAAGAGUGGCAAUGGUGAGGCUGUCGUGACAACGCACGCCGUGAAGUUACCAGGUGAGGACUGGAGCGUCGUUGUGCAGGAGCACCCUGAGGCGCUCCGGGAGGCCUUCGUUGCAGAUGUGAGCCAUGCAGGUCACGUGAACCGCGGCGAUGUGGAGCACAUCGCGUUUGGGAUGGGGAGCCUUUUGGCUACGGUGAGAGUACAACACGACGCUGAUGUCACCAUGAUGGAGAUGGACCGCCGUUUGCAAGAGUACGACUACCCCUUGACGAUGGAGCUGUACCGGCUGCGCCACGGACCAAAGCGCGGAGCUGACGCGGCGCUUGCGACCGUCGCCAAGCGAGACACGGAGAUCGCUGACCUGAGGGAGCAGCUGCGCGGAGCGAUGCGAGAAGCUGCAGCCAGCAGCGAGAUUUGUACCGCUCUGGAGAAGCCAGUAGAGGAAGCUGCACUGGAGAUCCGGGAACUCAGAGAGCAGCUCGCCAUCACGCAGCUUCGGCGAGAGGCACUGGAUGCCGAGUGCGCUGAGCUCGAGCAGGAUCUCCUCGACGUAGAGAGUUCUCGUGAGGCGAAUGUAUGGAAGCGCCGGGAGGCGUUGGAAGACCGUGGUAUUAGUCACUCAGCCAAGGACGCCGAGAUGGCUGACCUGAGGGAGCAGCUGCGUGAGGCCGAGGAGCGCGCGAGGGACGUGGAGGCGCAGCAGUCCGACAGGGACGCCGAGAUGGCUGACCUGAGGGAGCAGCUGCGUGAGGCCGAGGAGCGCGCGAGGGACGUGGAGGCGCAGCAGUCCGACAGGGACGCCGAGGUGGCUGACCUGAGGGAGCAGCUGCGUGAGGCCGAGGAGCGCGCGAGGGACGUGGAGGCGCAGCAGUCCGACAGGGACGCCGAGAUGGCUGACCUGAGGGAGCAGCUGCGUGAGGCCGAGGAGCGCGCGAGGGACGUGGAGGCGCAGCAGUCCGACAGGGACGCCGAGGUGGCUGACCUGAGGGAGCAGCUGCGUGAGGCCGAGGAGCGCGCGAGGGACGUGGAGGCGCAGCAGUCCGACAGGGACGCCGAGGUGGCUGACCUGAGGGAGCAGCUGCGUGAGGCCGAGGAGCGCGCGAGGGACGUGGAGGCGCAGCAGUCCGACAGGGACGCCGAGAUGGCUGACCUGAGGGAGCAGCUGCGUGAGGGCGAGGAGCGUGCGAGGGACGUGGAGGCGCAGCAGUCCGACAGGGACGCCGAGAUGGCUGACCUGAGGGAGCAGCUGCGUGAGGCCGAGGAGCGCGCGAGGGACGUGGAGGCGCAGCAGUCCGACAGGGACGCCGAGAUGGCUGACCUGAGGGAGCAGCUGCGUGAGGGCGAGGAGCGUGCGAGGGAUGUGGAGGCGCAGCAGUCCGACAGGGACGCCGAGAUGGCUGACCUGAGGGAGCAGCUGCGUGAGGCCGAGGAGCGCGCGAGGGACGUGGAGGCGCAGCAGUCCGACAGGGACGCCGAGAUGGCUGACCUGAGGGAGCAGCUGCGUGAGGCCGAGGAGCGCGCGAGGGACGUGGAGGCGCAGCAGUCCGACAGGGACGCCGAGAUGGCUGACCUGAGGGAGCAGCUGCGUGAGGCCGAGGAGCGCGCGAGGGAUGUGGAGGCGCAGCAGUCCGACAGGGACGCCGAGGUGGCUGACCUGAGGGAGCAGCUGCGUGAGGCCGAGGAGCGCGCGAGGGACGUGGAGGCGCAGCAGUCCGACAGGGACGCCGAGAUGGCUGACCUGAGGGAGCAGCUGCGUGAGGCCGAGGAGCGUGCGAGGGACGUGGAGGCGCAGCAGUCCGACAGGGACGCCGAGGUGGCUGACCUGAGGGAGCAGCUGCGUGAGGCCGAGGAGCGCGCGAGGGACGUGGAGGCGCAGCAGUCCGACAGGGACGUCGAGAUGGCUGACCUGAGGGAGCAGCUGCGUGAGGGCGAGGAGCGUGCGAGGGAUGUGGAGGCGCAGCAGUCCGACAGGGACGCCGAGAUGGCUGACCUGAGGGAGCAGCUGCGUGAGGCCGAGGAGCGCGCGAUGGACGUGGAGGCCCAGCAGUCCGACAGGGACGCCGAGGUGGCUGACCUGAGGGAGCAGCUGCGUGAGGCCGAGGAGCGCGCGAGGGACGUGGAGGCGCAGCAGUCCGACAGGGACGCCGAGAUUGAGCGUGUGAAGGAGCUUCUCAGCGGAGCGAUGCGAGAAGCUGCAGCCAGCAGCGAGAUUUGUACCGCUCUGGAGAAGCAAGUAGAGGAAGCUGCACUGGAGAUCCGGGAACUCAGAGAGCAGCUCGCCGUCACCCAGGUUCGGCGAGAGGCACUGGAUGCCGAGUGCGGUGAGCUCGAGCAACAGCUCCGUGAUGUUCAGAGUAGUGUUCUGGAGCGGCGGGAGGCGGUGGAAGACCUUUCCAUUAGUCACUCAGCCAAGGAUGCCGAGGUGGCUGACCUGAGGGAGCAGCUGCGUGAGGCCGAGGAGCGCGCGAGGGACGUGGAGGCGCAGCAGUCCGACAGGGACGCCGAGAUGGCUGACCUGAGGGAGCAGCUGCGUGAGGCCGAGGAGCGCGCGAGGGACGUGGAGGCCCAGCAGUCCGACAGGGACGCCGAGAUGGCUGACCUGAGGGAGCAGCUGCGUGAGGCCGAGGAGCGCGCGAGGGACGUGGAGGCGCAGCAGUCCGACAGGGACGCCGAGAUGGCUGACCUGAGGGAGCAGCUGCGUGAGGCCGCUGAGGGACAGCUGCGUGAGGCCGAGGAGCGCGCGAGGGACGUGGAGGCGCAGCAGUCCGACAGGGACGCCGAGAUGGCUGACCUGAGGGAGCAGCUGCGUGAGGGCGAGGAGCGUGCGAGGGAUGUGGAGGCGCAGCAGUCCGACAGGGACGCCGAGAUGGCUGACCUGAGGGAGCAGCUGCGUGAGGCCGAGGAGCGCGCGAGGGACGUGGAGGCGCAGCAGUCCGACAGGGACGCCGAGAUGGCUGACCUGAGGGAGCAGCUGCGUGAGGCCGAGGAGCGCGCGAGGGACGUGGAGGCGCAGCAGUCCGACAGGGACGCCGAGAUGGCUGACCUGAGGGAGCAGCUGCGUGAGGCCGAGGAGCGCGCGAGGGAUGUGGAGGCGCAGCAGUCCGACAGGGACGCCGAGGUGGCUGACCUGAGGGAGCAGCUGCGUGAGGCCGAGGAGCGCGCGAGGGACGUGGAGGCGCAGCAGUCCGACAGGGACGCCGAGAUGGCUGACCUGAGGGAGCAGCUGCGUGAGGCCGAGGAGCGUGCGAGGGACGUGGAGGCGCAGCAGUCCGACAGGGACGCCGAGGUGGCUGACCUGAGGGAGCAGCUGCGUGAGGCCGAGGAGCGCGCGAGGGACGUGGAGGCGCAGCAGUCCGACAGGGACGUCGAGAUGGCUGACCUGAGGGAGCAGCUGCGUGAGGGCGAGGAGCGUGCGAGGGAUGUGGAGGCGCAGCAGUCCGACAGGGACGCCGAGAUGGCUGACCUGAGGGAGCAGCUGCGUGAGGCCGAGGAGCGCGCGAUGGACGUGGAGGCCCAGCAGUCCGACAGGGACGCCGAGGUGGCUGACCUGAGGGAGCAGCUGCGUGAGGCCGAGGAGCGCGCGAGGGACGUGGAGGCGCAGCAGUCCGACAGGGACGCCGAGAUUGAGCGUGUGAAGGAGCUUCUCAGCGGAGCGAUGCGAGAAGCUGCAGCCAGCAGCGAGAUUUGUACCGCUCUGGAGAAGCAAGUAGAGGAAGCUGCACUGGAGAUCCGGGAACUCAGAGAGCAGCUCGCCGUCACCCAGGUUCGGCGAGAGGCACUGGAUGCCGAGUGCGGUGAGCUCGAGCAACAGCUCCGUGAUGUUCAGAGUAGUGUUCUGGAGCGGCGGGAGGCGGUGGAAGACCGUGGUAUUAGUCACUCAGCCAAGGAUGCCGAGGUGGCUGACCUGAGGGAGCAGCUGCGCAGAGCUUCUGAGGAGAUCGAGGAGCUGAACUUUUACGAUGAGCGCCGGAAGAAGAGUGGCAAUGGUGAGGCUGUCGUGACAACGCACGCCGUGAAGUUACCAGGUGAGGACUGGAGCGUCGUUGUGCAGGAGCACCCUGAGGCGCUCCGGGAGGCCUUCGUUGCAGAUGUGAGCCAUGCAGGUCACGUGAACCGCGGCGAUGUGGAGCACAUCGCGUUUGGGAUGGGGAGCCUUUUGGCUACGGUGAGAGUACAACACGACGCUGAUGUCACCAUGAUGGAGAUGGACCGCCGUUUGCAAGAGUACGACUACCCCUUGACGAUGGAGCUGUACCGGCUGCGCCACGGACCAAAGCGCGGAGCUGACGCGGCGCUUGCGACCGUCGCCAAGCGAGACACGGAGAUCGCUGAGCUUUAUCGGCGACUGUGUGAUUUGGAGGAUGAGGCGUCUGCUUUGAGACGGAACUGCGCAGAGGUUGCUGAAGCGAAGCAGAGGGGUCAGUCAGUCGAUGGCAGUAAUUUGGUGAUGAGGGAGGCAUGGGGUGUCCGGGAUGAGCGUGGAGGUGUCGCGGAGUUGACGGGGGCAGAUGCUGCCCGUGUUGAAGAGGUGAUCUUUCUGACGACGUCAGAGGAAUCACAGAGGGCGGAGCUGUGGCGCCGGAUGUUGGAGGAAGCGCUGUGGUUGUCGGAGCGGUGGACAGAGCUACUCGUUGUGUCGUACGAGGAUCGUUUACGCGCUGUAGAGCAGGAUCAUGAGCUCACUUCAAUAGAGUGCACUGACAUGCUGGAGAGGCUGGAGGAGUUCGUGAACUUGCUGGAGGCGGCCCGAGCGGCAGAGAGGGCUGCUGUGGACUCUCGCGACGACUGCGAGCGCGAGCUGCGCGUACUUCAGGAGCGAUAUGACCGUGAGGUGGCAGCGAACCAGCGCCUUUUUGUGCAGCGCGAGGGAAGAGCGGCUGGUGGGGUAUCAGGCACCCCUUCGUGGGCUGCAUAUGAUGUAGACAGCGAGGUCGAGCGUGACCGCAGUAUUGACGACAGUCUUAGCGAGCCGGACUACGGCGGUGAUGACGGUGCUCGAUCUCCGCCCGUGUCGCGGACUGGCCGGGACGUUGCCUCCGGAGGAUUGAGGGAGCAGUUGGAGCAACUCAAGCGCGAGAAGGAGGCACUUAUGAAAGAGCUAGAGGCGAAGGGUAUGCACUACCGCGAUGCACUGGGGCUUCUGAAUCAACACAUCAGUCAGCUCAUGGAAGAGCUCAGCUUGCAUCUGUGCGAUGGUGUGACUUCGGCCAACAAUGCCCGCGCCCUGCUACUUGAGAUUGCCGAGCUGCGGGCGGGGGCACAGGAGCGGACCGGCGCGGUAGCCAAAGGCGGCAGCACAAAUCGUAGCAGCGGCACAUCCGGACCUCUUCGCUAG